CAGGGAGGGAGCUGGGCAGAGGCAGCCGAGUGUUUGAGCAGAGCCUGAGCAGGGAGCGGCUCCUGCCCGUCCCAUCCUGCCGCUCCAGCAGCCGGGACUCGCUGACCCCGUGGGCACUGUCCUGUCCAGCUGUCCCCAGCCCAGCCGGAGAUGGUGGCCACCUGCCUGCACCUGGCCGGAUUUGUCUGCAGCUUUGUCGGGUGGAUCGGGGUGGUUGUGGCCACGGCCACCAACGACUGGGUGGUGACUUGCGGCUACACCAUCACCACCUGCAGGAAAAUGGAUGAGCUGGGAUCCAAGGGGCUGUGGGCAGACUGUGUGAUGGCAACAGGUCUCUAUCACUGCAAGCCCCUCGUGGACAUCCUGAUACUGCCAGGGUAUGUCCAAGCGUGUCGAGCGCUGAUGAUCGCCGCCUCCGUCCUGGGCCUUCCCGCCAUCUUCCUGCUGAUCACGGUCCUGCCCUGCAUCCGCAUGGGCCACGAGCCCGGGGCAGCCAAGUACCGGCGCUCCCAGCUGGGAGGGAUCCUCAUCAUCCUCCUGGCCAUGUGUGGCGUCGUGGCCACCAUCUGGUUCCCGGUGUGCGCCCACCGCGAGACCACCAUCAUGAGCUUCGGCUACUCGCUGUACACGGGCUGGAUCGGCUCUGCCCUCUGCCUCUUCGGCGGCUGUGUCAUCGUCUGCUGCUCGGGGGACGCGCAGACCUUCGGCGAGAACCGCUUCUACUACGGCUCGGGAUCCAGCUCGCCCACCCACGCCAAGAGCGCCCACGUGUAGGCGCCCGGGGGCGUCCCACGGCUGCCGUCGAUGCUUUGGCUGGUGGGUUCGUGUGCCCUGGGUUUGCUUCUGCUGACACGCGCGGCUGGCAGGCUCCCAGGGGGAGAUUUAGAAAAGCAGCACAAAUGUCUGGUAGUUUGAAGCGUUGUUCUCCCCGUCUCUUCCCAACCCUUUCUCUAGAAAGACAGCUCCAGCCAGCCCUACCUCUUGGUCCUCACCGUUUUGUCCCAAGCACCUGCCCCAUCUUCUUGCAGCCAGGGAUGGUUUGGGGAUGUGGUGUGGGGUUUAGGGACUUUAGUUUAUCUUCUAGCUCCCCUGAUUAUAGGAGAGUUUAAAGCAAUAAAGCAGAAAUGAGAGAGACACUUUCCCAUUGUCAGGAGGACUCGGCUUCUCCCCCAUCCUCACUGUUUGAUUUCUCCCACUCAAGGUCACGGGUCUGGCACGGCUGGGGAGAGAGGAUAGGGAGAAAGGCUGUCCUCUCCCACCGGGAAAAUGUUUCUCUUUUGGAACAAGAGGAGGGGAUUUUUCUGCCUUUCUCUGUAAAUACUUUUGUAUGAGUCUGAUCAUUUUAGUAACAGUGUUUCCCCCACCCCCACAGUCAUCAGUAUGAAGGAAACAGAACCCAAAGGUCCUAAUGACAUGGUAGAUAACAGUGCCUUUUUAAAUAGUUAUAAAUGACUUUGGGGGCUCUAAUCCCUGCCCUCUGGUUCAGUUUCUUUUAUUUUUUUUCUUUUGUACAGAUCAGUUACUAAAAAAUGUAUUUUUAAAUUUUUUUAAACUCCUUUAUUUCUUCCUCUAAGUUUGUGUUCCGUCUUGCCUCAUUAAAGUAGCACACUUUAACAUGCAGUAUAAUGUACCUGUUACAAUACAAUUCUGGUGAGUACUGAUGAUGCCUUUGUACUUUCAGUGAAAUACUGUACAAUAAAUAACAGAGUACCUGCAACCCCUGACUACUUUUUAUUUCCUUCCUUCCUGUGUGUUUCCAUAGCCAGUUUUUCCAUGACAGGGAUUGCCAAUGAUUUUGGAAAUUUUCUUUUUUUAUAACAGUUCAGGAUGAAAAACUGCUCCGCUGUGGCAUUAAAUGAAGAAUAUUUAAAAUAUGAGUAAUCUUCCUGCAUGGGACUGUCUGUUAUCUUAUCCUUUGGUUCUAUCAGUUCUCCCAGUAGCAGCUUGUACCAGUUGUACCCACUAGUGGGUUUCUUUACAUUAGGAAGAAUUAGAAAGCCCCUGAAGUGGUGGAGAUGACCCUGAGACCUCGUGUUGCUGAGAGUGCUCUCAACUAAAGUAGAGAUUCUGAUCUGGGGUCACUGCUCUGAUCAAAACUGAGUAAGAUCAAGAUCUAGCUCUUACCAGGGGCUGUAGCAAUUUAAUUACACUGAUACAAAAUCCCAUCUGUUCCCAGAGAUGUUAACUCAGUUCAAACAAUUUGUGUAGGCCAAGAGGAGGAAAAGAGGAAUAGCUGCUGCUCAGACAUGGGCAAGAGGAGAGCCCCAGGGGAGAGGCAGCAGGAGGAGGAGAAGGGUCUGAGCAACCAGGUUUUUUGGGAUGAUGAAAAAUGGGAAAACAGGGCUGUCAGUCAAGCCUCGUGCAUUCUGGACUGCCCUCGCUCUGCUUCAGCUGGGGAAACCAAACUGAGUGAUGCAGCCAGGGGCAAGGAUGCUACCGCUCCCACCUCCCCUCCUCCACGCGUGAAGCUGCAGCCUGUAAAAGGAGCCUGGCUGAGGGAGGCUGGCUGUGCUCCUUUGCCUGCCCGGCCCGGGGACGGGCAGCAUCCCCAGCAUCUGCCCUGCUCACCGAGCAGCCUUGAAGGCGGCUCUGUUGUGCGGGCUGGGCAGCGCUGUGCAAUGUCCCCGGGCGGUGGCAGGACACUUGUGCCCAUGACAUCACAGGCAGGGCACAGGCGGUUCUUGUGCAGCCCGGGGAUGCUCUCAGUGCUGCCAUUGAUGGGCGGCUGUCCCGGGCGGAGCGGGGCACAGGCGUGCCAGCUUGUGCAGGCUGCCCGGGGAUUGUGGAUUGUGCCCGCGGAUCCACCCUCUUAACCCCGGCUGCCAGUGGGACACCUCGGAGCAGAAAUCCCACGGAAUGCUGCCUGCAAACAGCCCUGGAGCAAACAGGGAGGGAAAAGCACGGGAACACCUAUGUGAUACCCGGGGGAGGGUUUUGGUGCUGCGGGAGGUGCAUGAGGUGAUUGGGAACUCCUUCACAGAUUGAUUGAUUUCUGCCUGCCAGGCAGUGUUUAGGGGAUUUAUUUUCUGCCCACCCCGUUAGGAUGCACCGGUCCCUUCCAAUCUCCUCUUCCAUCCCGUGAUCCUCAUGCUCGUGGUGCUGCAGACCCUUGGCAGGGAGUGGUGCUGGGGCUCUGUGUGCUCUGCCCACAGCCACAGGUUGCCAGCAUCCGACCCCAAAUCCAGCUCUGGAAAGGCCCUGGGAGUGCUGCUCAGAGGAAGGAAGAAGUUUUAUUUCAGGGAAGAGAAUUAAAAACCAAACAAAGCAAAGCAACCCCGCAGCAUCUGCGGGGAAAAUGCACAUCUGCAACCAUGGGGUGUGAGGAGAUGGGGCUGAGAAUGUGAUGGGGUAUUAGUGCUGGCACCACAGAGGGGAAGGGUUCUGAGGAAGCACAAAGAACAUUAAACUUUUCAAGUUUUUAAAGGAUCAAAGCUGAAACACCUGCUUUGUGCCUGCCCAAAGCACCCUGCUCUCCCGUGAGACUCUUAGUCUGGAUUUGCCACAGCACUGUUGGCUCAUGAAGGCUUUUAGUGCUCAUUUGCUGACCCAAAGCCUCAAAAUAGGAUCAAAUACAAUUCUCCUGAAUCGAAAAACUGCUCCACACCAUUCCUAAAACCAAGUGUGGAGUGGUGGCUGUGAGCCGUGGUGGUCACCCCAGUGUGGAGGUCCCUGAUGCCCAGCAGAGCUCUCACCUGCUCCACCAGGACCAGCUGGAGCUCUUCAUGCCGUGCCCAUGAUGGGAGAGCAGCUGGCAGCCUCCCUGUGCCCACAUAACAGGGACAGCAGGAAGGAGCCCUUGGGGACAUACUGAGCACCCCAAAGGGGACAGGCAGCUGUGUCUGCCUCUCCCGUGCAGGGAGGGGACAGUGCUGUGACACCCCAGCUCCCCCAAGGAAAGGUGAGUGCCAGCAGAUGGGAAGACAUUGGUACACCCCUGGUCUCUGCACUGCAAUAGUCAAUCUGUGGUCAUUUGCUUUAGGUUUUUCCUUCCUUUUUUUUUUUUUUUUUUUUUUUUUUUUUCCUUCUUUUUUUUUAUUGUGUAAACAGAUAGCCAUUUUCUCUCACAACACUACAAGUAAACAACAAAGUCAGCCUGCUGAAAUGGAUCUUCUGAAAUGGAAUUUUUCAAUCAUUUAUAGCAAGAUUUUGUUAACUUCUAGCUUCAAUUUAGCACUGAAAAAAUAUCAGAACUUCAGGUACUGACUGGCUAAAAAAAAUUAUAUGGGAAUUUUUUUUAUUAUUACUUUUUGGUUUAGUCUUUCAUUUAGAAGAUUUACAUUGCUAUGGAAACUAAUUCUAAGACACAUUUGUCUCUGGUUUUCUUUACAAAUCCCUUAGUUCCUCUUUGAUUUUUAAAUGUAAAGGCACACAAUAAAGCUUUAUGCAUUUAUUAAAAUAUACAGAUUUUGGUAAAUUUAGAUUUUUUUUCUUAGUAUCUUGCUUAUAUAUAUGUAUUAUAUAUAUAGCUGUCAACAACACAGUCAUUUGAAAAUAAAAAUCACUCCAUAACAUAUCUGCAUAUUUUUUUUCUUUCUCAUGACACACUACAAGACCCCAUUGUACAAUGCACCAAUGGGCUUCUGGAAACCACAAAGAAAAAAAAAUGGAUAGAACAAACUGCUUUUAACAAAUACACCAACUUCAUACCAGAACUGCAGAGAAUUGUUACACCAGAAAGUACCACCUGCAAAAAAAAAAAAAAAAAAAAAAGAAAA